CCCAUUAGAUGCACUUCCACUAGAUGACCACAGCGUGGCGCUGAAUCUUAAAGUUAGCGCUCUGAAGGGCUGCCUAGUGAUGCAGACAGGCUCUAGUGCUUUAUUAAACUAGCAAGAGAUCAUGGCCAUUGAUUGUCUGUCACAAAAACUUUGCCAAUACAAAAUGUUAAUAUUAAAUGUCAGAGCUGUUUUGUACUAACGUGGACAGACCUGGAAGUCCUUGUUGAAAUAGUAAUACUUUUACUACAGUCAUUAAAUUAAAAUGAUAUAAGGUUUAAUUGUAUGGGAUUUCCGGUAUCAUAUUUGGACAUAGACCCUGUUACUGAUAUGGCUUUGGGAGGGCACAUAGGGGACCUACGGAGGACUGGAACUGACUGCACGGAGCAGUAGAACACCCUGAAAUCAGUUAUGGGGUGCAAGCCCACCAUCCUUUCAUGUUAAACAAUGCUGCUCCUCGCCUAAAUUUUUGGUGCACGGUACCCCCCUCCCCUGUUUUGUUUGCUCCUCCACCUGCCCCCACCCCCACCCCACAGCGCAUCCCAGCCCCUGUCUCUGAGUUCUGAACAAAACUCGUGAGGCUCCCUAACUUAGCUACUCAGUCGUUAUUACUUCUGCGCGCAACAUCAACCUCCUGUGCCGAAAAUCAUACACAACUGAGCCAAUAUGCUGUGGAAAUCACGGAGCAAAACCGAACCUUACGGUUUGCAGGAGCGCGCGGACGGACUGACCGGUUCCUCACCGAGCGGCCGUCUCUCCCAGCUGUCUUCCCUCAACCAGGGUGCCUAUUCGUCUGCACCCCCCUUGUGUCACACUCCUGCAUCGGACUUCCAGCCGCCCUACUUCCCGCCCCCGUAUCCGCAGUCCUCGCUGUCAUUCUCGCAGAGCCAGGAUGCGUACUCUCACCUGCCGGAACCCUACAACUCCAUCAGCUCACUCCAUCAGCAACAGGCCGCGUGGCACUCCCAACGGUCACGCUCGGAGGAGGGCGCACUGUUGUCGCAGUCCCAAAGGGCGCUGAGUCUCGACCCGCGGCGGGAGUACCCUGGGGUCCCGCGGCUACUUCACGGUCUGGGGGAGGGCGCGGCUGCACUGGGGGAGAGUCCUCUCGGGAUGCACGCGGGACAUCACGGCCUGGAAGACUUACAGGCAAUGGAGGAAGCCUCAGCACUUGGCAUUUUGGACCACUCGGUCAUAAAGAAAGCGCCCAUACCCACGAAGCUGCAUGGCUCUACCCUGUCUGCGCUGACCUUCUGUAAGGAGGGGAUGUCCCUAAGUGGGGUGUCUAACCCAGCGGAGGUCUUCUGCACGGUGCCCGGCCGCCUGUCCCUCCUCAGCUCCACCUCCAAGUACAAGGUGACCGUGGGGGAGGUGCAGAGACGCCUGGCCCCGCCCGAAUGCCUGAACGCAUCACUGCUGGGUGGAGUCUUACGCAGGGCUAAAUCUAAGAAUGGCGGCCGCUGCCUACGGGAGCGCCUGGAGAAAAUCGGCCUGAAUCUGCCAGCUGGACGACGCAAAGCAGCCAACGUCACUCUCCUGACAUCACUGGUGGAGGGUGAGGCGGUGCAUCUUGCUCGGGAUUUCGGUUAUGUGUGUGAGACGGAGUUUCCCGCCAGAGCCACGGCAGAGUACCUGUGUCGCCAUAGUGACCCUGAGCUGCCCACAAGACGGAGCAUGCUGUUGGCCACCAAGGAGGUGUGUAAGGAGUUUGUGGAGCUGAUGUCUCAGGACCGCUCUCCCCUGGGGGCGAGUCGUCCGGUGCCGUGCCUGGAGGCGGGGGUCCAGAGCAGCCUGACCCACUUCAGUCUCCUGACCCACGGCUUCGGGGGCCCGGCUAUCUGCGCAGCUCUCACAGCCUUCCAAAGCUACCUGCAGGAGGCCCUCAAGUUCCUGGACAAGAGCGAGGGUGGCGGCCGGGGUCACGAGGGCGGCAGGGGCCACGAUAAGGAGCUCAAGCACCGCAAGUAGGACCCCUUCACUCGGACCUACAGACUGCCCUUCUUCCUGCCUGAUGAAAAACAGAGCAGCGCUUAAGUGUGAAGUGUGUGAUUGAUGCAGGGUGCAGCAGUGUGUUUCUAGAGACAGGUUUGAGGUUGGGUGUGGCACACACUCAGAACCUCCAAUAGACACACACAAACACACACUGCUGCUGCUGCUGCUGCUGGGGGAUCAUGCCGACGUACUCACACCCAAAAACUCAUAAAUGACCUCAAAUGUGUCCCCAUCAUGCACAUGCAAGUGAACUGCUGGAUGCCCGUGCAUGUGUGUGAGUGUUUGAUCCUGCUGAGUAACUCUGAGCACAGACUCUUAGCAGGACUUGGCAGCUAACAAACAGGAUCAAGUUUUUGGGAGCAAUAUAAGGAUUUAGUAAUUUAAAUGUUGUGUGUUUUUGUACUUCCUGUUGUAUGAUUAUUAUUUAUGUUAUUACUGCUGUUCUUAUUAUUGUAUUACACACAUAAAUGUAAUAUAUUAUUAAAGUUGGAUGACUGA